ACACAAUCAGACGUUCCCCCCCCUUACUCUCUCUUCAAAGACGCUCAUUCCCGUCAACGCUCCUUCACGCUACCACACCACCCACUAUAAUACCCCAUAUACCCACAAACAAUGUUCACCCCUCCACCUUCGCCUCUCCCAGGGGGAAAGUUUCAGCAAACAACACAAACGACGAGCACCUCCCCAAACGGACUUCUCACACCCCCUUUUCCCUCACCCGAAAAACUGGCGUCAACUAGCCAGCUACCCGCCUCGCCGAGGCAGAAGAAAAGAAAACGCUACCUACCUGUACUCGUCGCCGCUGUCGUCCUUGCUGUUAUCGCGAUUAGUGCUAGGCAGCAGACGAUGCGGGCUUUGGAGGGGUGUUGGGGGUUGAGUGCGCCUAAACCAAUGGAGCUUCCCGUACCUGAGGUUGAGGUCGAGGCUGAGGAGAGGGGGAGCGAGAUACAUGCGCAUAGGCGACAGAGGAGAGCACACGAGGAGCUCGCACACCGCCAAGCCGGCACUCCGACAGGCACCACCACGCACACAACAUCAACAAGCAAUUUCCUGACCGCCUCCUCCGCCGAACUGCCCAAAUACACCGCUCCUCCCUCCGUUCCCAGCCCUGCACUUCCCGUCCCAACCCCCUUCCCAGCACCGUUCGACAUCUCCCUCUCGUUCAACGUCACCACCCCCUCCUGUAUCAACUUCUUCAACACUUUCAUCCAGAAUGUGACCUUCCGCGCCUGCCGGCCAUUCGGCAUGCUCAUGUCCAGUUCCCAGCAGUUCCAGGCCGACCAGUCCAAUCUCACCAUCCUCACUGCCGUGGUAGGCGGGACGUGCGCGACGGACAUGAGUCCCUCCGACUGUGGGGCAGUGAUGGACUGGCACGCGGAGCAGAUCGCAUUGGGCGGCAACUGCGGGCAAGACCUGAACGCUGGUGCCGCUCUAGCGGUGACGGCACUCGAAGGGUUCAGGUCAUAUCGGAUGAUGCGGACUGCCGGGUGUCUGCAGAACCCAGUAACGAACGCAUACUGCUACGUCGAGGCAGUCGCCUCUCUCCUCCCGAACGACCUCUACUUCUGGGUCGCAUCCCUCGGCAUCCCACUCCCGAACGCGACCGCGCCGACCUGUAGCGUAUGCACGCAGAGCCUCAUGAACGUAUAUGCGCAGUAUGCGGGUCAGUCGGGCCUGGUUAUCAGCCAGGUAUAUACCCAGGUGGCGGAGAGGGCGAGAGAGGCGUGCGGAGCUGGGUAUGCGAGCGCGGUGGCGAUCACUAGUGCUUCGCAGAGGGGGACAAUGCUUUCCGCUCUGGUGGCAGCAGUGUUCGGAGCAUUGGCGCUCCUCUUGCAGGUCUUAUAACCCUACUACCUUCUAUAUAACUCAUCUCUUACCUUUCCCUCUUAUUUUCCACAUCUUACCUUCGGUUCUUGGAACAAC